CUCUAUGGACCCGACCAUGUCACAACAUGGGUGUCAGAAAGUUGUGUUCUCUUAUCUUCCACUCUAUCACUAACCAAUCAUUGAGUUCUCUUUAUCUUAAUGGAUCCAAAGCCACAGGACCACCAAUCUCCGUCGUCAACACCCUCACAACUCCGGCAAGUACUCGUCCUCCGUCCGCCACCCGUCUUCACGGUCCACGAACAAGACUUCUCUAGCAAAUUUCACAUCCUCAAAGCAUACGACUCACCCUUACCUACUCACGACUUCCUCCAGACCCAUGCGCAAUCUGUGAAAGCUGUCUUGUGCUCCGGCAUAGGCCCAAUCACAGCCGACGUGAUACGCGACCUUCCGGCUCUAGAACUCGUUGUCACUGCCUCCACUGGUGUCAAUCAUAUUGACAUGGCCGAAUGUCGUCGCCGUGGGAUUGCUGUCACGAACACCGGAGAUGUGUUUUCGGAUGAUGUAGCGGAUGCCGCAGUAGGCCUGUUGAUCGACGUUAUGAGAAGAAUUACUAGUGGUGAUAGGUUUGUACGCGGUGGGCGUUGGGCGACUUCAGGGGAGUAUACUCUUGGUUCAAAGUUAGCCUGCAAAAGAGUUGGGAUUGUUGGGCUUGGAAACAUUGGAUCUAGGGUUGCUACAAGACUAAAGGCCAUGGGUUGUUUAGUCUCAUACACCUCAAGGCAGGAAAAACACACUACACCGUUCACUUUUUAUCCAAAUAUCCUCCAACUUGCUUUUAACUCUGAUGCUUUGGUCAUAUGUUGUGCGUUGACCAACGAAACACGUCAUAUUAUCAACAACAAAGUCAUGAUGGCCUUGGGAAAAAAAGGUAUCAUUGUGAACAUUGCCCGUGGGGCUAUCAUUAACGAGGUGGAGUUAGUGAAGUGUUUGGUUGAAGGUGAAAUUGGUGGUGCUGGUUUGGAUGUUUUUGAAAACGAACCAAAUGUGCCAAAAGAGUUGUUUGAAUUGGAUAAUGUUGUUCUUUUGCCUCAUAGAACAGCUUUCACCCAGGAAUCAUUCUAUAACGCCGCUCAGAUUUUAAUAGGUAACUUGGAAGCAUUUUUCACGAAUAAACCCUUGCUUACUCUUGUCCCUAAUGAGUUCUAGUCACACGGGUUGUACUUUAUUGCCGAAUUUCCCUAUAUUAUAUAGUGUUUAUGAUAUCCAUUUUAAUCUAUUUUACUAAUGUGACUUUUCGUUUGUUUAUAAAUGCAAUUCAUCGAUAUUUUGUUUUUGAAAAAGUAAAUUUCAGCA